AUGGGACCUACAAAUACAUCCUGCGCCGAGGAAAAGCCCGAUAUUAAAAAUAUGAAUAAAUUUUCAAUAAAUAUGGAAUCUUUUGAUCCAAACGUGGAACAAUGGCAAACAUACAUGGAACGCAUGGAGCAACUUUUCAUUGCAGCCAACGUAACAACUGAAAUCCAAAAGAAGUCAUUGCUAAUUAAAUACAUUGGGCCUAUUACGUACAGAUUGUUACGAGACUUGUGUCAGCCAACUCAAACAGUCAAACACUUGACCGAUCAUUUUACGCCCGCUUUGGUGGUGUUUAAGGAGAGGCGCACCUUUUAUGCAGCACAUAAAGGUCAAGGUGAGACAGCCGUGGAAUGGCACGCAAAAAUUCGUAGGCUAGCAGUUAAUUGUGAAUUCACAUCCAUGCUCGAAAGUAAAUUAAUCGACAAAUUUGUCACCGAAAUGGAAGGAAAGGUUUUCGACCGCUUAUGCGAGGAGGGUAGAGGUUUGACGUUAUCGAAAGCCCUUGAAAUUGCGCAAAGAUACGAGAAGCCAGAAAAGAUCGUCCAUGCAAUCCAGUCCAAACAUCACAAGCAAUCUAACGGGCGGCCAAAUCGGAAGGUGAAGAAGCCAGAUGAAGGGAAAUCAGCAGAGAAAUGUUAUCAUUGCGGUAAGCAGAACCACGAUUUUAAAUCAUGCAAUUAUAAGACGUAUGUAUGCAACAAAUGCGGAAAGAAAGGGCAUUUAGCUAUAGUUUGUCGCAAGCAAAAUGGCGAUGCUAACGGUGUAGUUAAAACGGUUUUCUCUUCAGAGCGUGAAAAAUUCCCAAAGACUGGAAACGCUAUUGAAUUGUAUAAUAUCAAUU